AUGUUAGGCGUCAAUAUCACCAUUCUAAAUAAUAUAUCAUCAAUUAAAAACAUUGAAUUUCUUCUAUUACUUCUUAUUGAAAUCUUCUCUAUUAUAUGUACAUUAUAUUUAUUGAUUUAUUUUUUAUUUCAUUGGCGAUUUAUGGUGAUUAAAUCUUUACCUAAUCAAUCGAUUGUUUUAUUAAUUAUUGUAUCAUUUUUGUAUAUAAUUUUUGAUCUUCCUUUUACUAUAAAUUCGUAUUAUUUCGGAUCUGAUUAUUCACAAAUACUUUCAUUUUGUUUAUUUCGAAAUUGGGUUCAUUAUACAUUAAUAUGUAAUAAUCUAUAUCUAGUCGCUACUUCUAGUAUUCAACGCUAUUUUCUUCUUUUUAAAAUUCAUCUAUUACGCAAACGUCAAACACGAUGGAUCUUACAUUAUAUCCCAUUAAUUUCUUGUAUUAUUUAUCCACCUAUAUUUUAUUUGAUUACAAUUAUUUUCUAUUCAUGUACAUCAACAGAUAUUAUCAAUAGUCAAUAUUGUACAACUCCAUGUUAUUUUCAAAAUUCAAUUUUACUUAUUAUCGAUUGUAUUAUACAUUAUAUAUUACCAUUAAUUAUUACAAUUUCAGCUAAUAUUGUAUUAAUUUGUUGGAUGAUACAUUUAAGAUGUGAUUUAAAUAUUGAACAAAUGUAUCUUUGGAAAAGACAAAAAAAAUUAAUAUCACAAAUACUUAUUUUUUCAUUAUUUUAUAUUAUUGGAUGGUUACCAUCAACGAUUGUUUUUGCAUUAAAUGCAUUUUCGUUGAAUAAACUUGAUCAAUAUGGAUCUGUUGUUGUUUGGCUUAAUUAUAUGAGUUAUUUUAUAUGUCCUUUACAACCAUUUAUUUGUCUUAUUUUAGUACCAGAACCAAUUUAUUUCCUUCAAGAUACAUUAAGACAAUUGUUACGGAAAGCUAUGAUGAGAACAUCUGUAAUAACCGUUGAAGCUUAA